GAUGGUUUUCAAGAUAAAACUGAAGCUAAAGAAACACUGAAUAUCUCGAGAAACAGCAUUACAAAGCUUCGAUACAGCAUUCCUUCGACAUGAUGACAAACUCAAACUAUUCAAAAUAGCUCUCAACAACACGUUCCAAACAUUACAAGAUCUACUCAAAGAAGAAGAAACUAACAUGGAGGACAGUUGGAAAGCGAUCAAACAACCACUAACUUCAACGUGUGAGGAGAUUCUGAGACUCAAAAAGCAUUAUCAUAAGGAAUGGAUCUCUGUGGAAACCCUGGACAGGAUUCAAGGAAGGAAGAGCAAGAAGACAUCAGUUAACAACGAACGAACAAGAACAGAGAGAGUCAAGGCACAAACCAAAUACACAGAAGCAAACAAGCAAGUAAGGAGGAGCAUUAAAUCCGACAAACAAAAAUAUGUGGAAGAACUAGCAACGACAACGAAAAGAGUUGCAACAAAAGGAAAUGUCAAACAGCCAUAUGAUACAACAAAGAAACUGGCAGAGGAAUAUAUUGAACCAGACAGAACAGUCGACAACAAAGAAGGAAAGUCAGUCACCGAGCUCCAAGAACAGAGUAACAGAUGAACUGAAUACUUCGAGGAACUCUUGCAUAGAC